AAUUUUCUGUUAUCAUUUAGGGAAAAAUUCAAUGGCUGAAAAAAAUCAAGAAAAUUUCCUUGAUAAACGUGUAUAUAUACGUCCAUGAUGUAUGCGUGUGUGUGUGUGUGUAUGGUGUUUGGUGUAUCAUUUUUCGACUGUUAUUAAAAUGAUGAUGAUGACGGCAGUGUUCAAACAAUUGUUCACAGAGAAAAAAAAGCAACGUCAGCUGGUAUAAUGUGUGAUGCGAGAACCCAAAAAAAAUAAAUAAAUAAAUGUUUAUACCAUAUAAAUGGUGGAUGUACUCAUCUCAUCACGAGUUUAUUAAAUGUGAAUUAAAACAUUGCUUUGUUGGAAUAUAUAUUGAAUAUAAUCUAUAAAAUUCUGUUUCGUAAAGAAAAAACGAUGGCCAAUUCAUCGAACAACAAUGUUAAACCCAUAUUACAGCAACAAUCCAGUAUAAUUGAUGAAUUGGAUAAGAUUGAAAAAUUUUUUCAACAAUUACAGAAACCAAAAAAUUUAUAUGAAAUACGUGAUCGUGCCCAUAGAUUUUGUCAACAAAAUCUUGAUCGAAAAAUUGUCCUCAUUACGUCUGGUGGUACAACCGUUCCUAUGGAACAUAAUACUGUACGAUUUAUUGAUAAUUUUAGUGCCGGUACACGUGGUUCUGCUUCAGUCGAAUAUUUUUUUGAUACAAAUAAAUAUGCUGUCAUCUUUUUGUAUCGGCAAAAAUCAUUGGAACCAUUCUCUAGACACUUUGAUGGAUUAUUAUCGAAUCUUAAAUAUGAUCCAACGAAUGAUCGAAUUGAAGUAUCCGAAAAGAUUCGACCAAAACUUGUACAAAUAUUGACAAAAAUGAAUGAAACAUCUAAUCGUUUGUUGAAGAUUACAUUCACAACAUUAUCCGAAUAUUUAUUUAUACUUCGUGAAUUGACUGCUCUAUUGAAACCAUAUGAAUCACGUGUUAUGCUCUAUCUUGCUGCUGCUGUUUCCGAUUUUUACAUUCCACCCGAUAAUAUGGCUGUACAUAAAAUUCAUUCGAAUGGACCACUGCGGCUACAUUUUGAAAUGGUACCAAAAAUUUUACGACCAUUAGUUAAAUUUUGGGUACCAGAUGCUUUUGUUAUUUCCUUCAAAUUGGAAACCGAAGCCGAAAUAUUGUUGGAAAAAGCACGUGAAGCAUUGAAUCGUUAUGGACAUAAAUUAGUCAUUGCAAAUGAAUUGAAUACACGUAAAUGGAAAGUUAUAUUAGUCACAGCUGAUGAAUCUGAAGACAUUGAAAUUGAUCCAAAUUCAAAUCAAUUAGAAAUUGAACAAUUAAUCGUAGCGAAUGUCAUACGAAGACAUGAAAAAUUUAUUGACAAUCAUCGUGAACAGAAUUCAUUGAAAAAAUGAUCAUGAUCAAUGAUGAAA